UCAUUUCUGUGCCCAUGCCAAAACCUAAUCCAAUCCCCCAAACAGACAAAAUUAUUUUCCCAAUAUAAUCCCCACUUCCAAACAUAAAAUUCUCCAAAACCCGACCAGAUCCGAAAUUCAUGGGAACCGAGAUAUCAGAGCCAUUGAUUAUCGACAAGGAAAGCAUCUACGGCGGCGGAAUCGAGUCGGAGCACGUCCCGGAAUGGAAAGACCAAAUUACGAUGAGAGGGCUCGUCGUGAGCGCCUUGUUAGGGACGCUCUUUUGUAUCAUCACGCACAAGCUGAAUUUAACCGUCGGAAUUAUCCCGUCGUUGAAUGUCGGCGCCGGAUUGCUCGGAUUCUUCUUUGUGAAAUCCUGGACUGGUUUUUUGACGAAGUUGGGAUUUCGGGUCACUCCUUUUACCAAACAAGAAAACACCGUCAUUCAAACUUGCGUCGUCGCUUGUUAUGGCCUUGCUUUUAGUGGGGGGUUCGGAUCGUAUAUGAUUGCAAUGGAUGAGAGAACUUAUCAACUUAUUGGUGCUGAUUACCCUGGAAACCGAGCUGAAGAUAUUAAGAACCCGGGGUUAGGGUGGAUGACUGGUUUUCUCAUUGUUGUCAGCUUUCUUGGGCUGUUUAGUCUUACUCCUCUUCGUAAGGUAAUGAUACUGGAUUAUAAGCUUACAUAUCCAAGUGGGACGGCUACAGCAAUGUUGAUAAAUAGUUUUCAUACUCACUCUGGUGCUGAGCUUGCAGGGAAGCAAGUCAAAUGUCUUGGAAAAUAUUUAAGCAUAAGUUUCGUUUGGAGCUGCUUCAAGUGGUUUUUUAGUGGUAUUGGGGAUUCGUGCGGGUUUGAUAAUUUUCCCAGUUUUGGUUUAACGCUGUUCAAAAACACGUUCUAUUUUGACUUUAGUCCAACCUAUGUUGGUUGUGGUCUUAUUUGCCCUCACAUAGUAAACUGCUCAGUUCUUCUUGGGGCUAUCAUAUCUUGGGGUUUCCUCUGGCCUUUCAUUUCUGCACAUGCUGGGGAUUGGUACCCUUCUGGCCUAGAAAGCAAUAAUUUUAAAGGUCUUUAUGGUUACAAGGUCUUCAUAGCUAUUGCCCUUAUCCUUGGGGAUGGUCUUUACAACUUGAUCAAGAUAGUAUAUAUAACUGCAAAAGAAAUGUGCAAGAAGAGCCCUCAGCAGAGCAAACUUCCUAUUGUUGGUGAGGUUAUAGAUAAUGAGACUUCUAAAGGGCUAGCAGAGCAGAGAAAAAGAGAUGAAAUAUUUCUUAAAGACAGGAUACCUGCAUGGUUUGCUGCUUCUGGAUAUGUGGCCUUGGCUGCUAUAUCAACGGCUACUAUUCCAAUUAUCUUUCCCCCCCUGAAGUGGUAUCUGGUUCUUGUUUCAUACAUUAUUGCCCCUGCUCUUGCCUUCUGCAACUCUUAUGGAACUGGACUUACGGACUGGAACCUGUCUUCCACUUACGGAAAGAUUGGUCUUUUCAUUAUAGCUUCCUUGGUUGGAAGUGAUGGUGGAGUCAUGGCUGGUUUGGCUGCCUGUGGAGUUAUGAUGUCUAUUGUCUCCACCGCAGCUGAUCUAAUGCAAGAUUUCAAGACGGGCUACCUCACCCUAUCAUCAGCCAAAUCUAUGUUUGUGAGCCAGUUACUGGGAACAACCAUGGGAUGUGUCAUUGCUCCACUCACAUUCUGGAUGUUUUGGACUGCUUUUGAAGUUGGGUCGCCUGAUGGUCCAUACAAAGCACCUUAUGCAGUUAUAUUCAGGGAAAUGGCCAUUCUUGGUGUCGAGGGCUUCUCGGAGCUGCCCAAACAUUGUUUGGCUUUAUGUGCUGGAUUCUUCGUGGGUGCUGUGCUUGUAAAUCUCCUGAGGGAUGUGACCCCCAAGAAAAUUUCACAGUUCAUUCCUAUUCCAAUGGCUAUGGCAGUUCCAUUCUAUAUUGGAGCUUACUUUGCGGUCGACAUGUUUGUCGGAACAGUAAUCUUGUACGUAUGGGAACGGAUUAACCAGAAGGACGCAGAGGAUUACGCAGGUGCGAUCGCUUCAGGUUUAAUUUGCGGUGACGGUAUUUGGACCAUACCAUCGGCCAUACUUUCUAUCAUGAGGAUCAAUCCACCUAUUUGCAUGUACUUUGGUCCUUCUCUGAGUAGUUGAUUACGAAAACCACUGGCUGUAAUAUGUUGCAAGCUGCAUCAGUGUCUGUAUGGAAGUGUAUUGUAAGAAGUGGGAAGGUUCAUUGGAUUCUGUACAUGUCUGUUCUUUCAUAUACUCCUAAUAAUGGAUUUCAAGACAACAAUCUCAGAACCAGUUGAUUUGGUUUCAGUAAAUAGCUUCUAUGAAUCUCGAAUUCGGUUUUUA